UAGUAUUGUGUGCUGCAGUAAUUGAUGAGUAUUGUUAUCUUUGGUGAUUCCAGUGCUGCCUGUCUUCAAUUUAUGUGUUGACGUUUAUGGAGGACAGCUGCCUUUUGCGUGUGCGGUGUUUCGUUUGAAGUGUUUUUAUUUGAAAAUAGUUGACCCACAGGUAGUGCUUGGCAUUUUGUUCUCUUAGAUGUACAAUUUACUGCGGGUUAAUCUUCGCUUUACUGGAAAUGUGAUUCUUUUUUCUCAGGUUAAUUUGUGUUUUGCCCUAUUCAAUUUGCCAGUGGUUUUGAAAAGUUGAGGUUAUUAACAAAAAAAGUUAAUAUAUUCAGCCGUAAAUACAUUUGCAUGUGUGCAUAUAAACUGGUUACAAAACUAUUAUUUUUUUCAAUUUUGUAAUUAAGUGAACGGUUUUAAUCAUGUUCGUGUGAUUCAUCUUUUACUUAGCGUCAAUGGUUGAAAUGGCAGGUGUUGGUUACGGUCGUUCAGGGAUUUUAGAAACCCACGUCCGUGGGCAGUGGUACCGAGUGUUUGUGUCUUUGGAAGAUGAUUAUUUAAGCAUCAGUCUUGACGAAUCCUACGAGAGUUCUACCACAUUGAAUGGUAGUUUAAACAACAACAAUAAUAACAACAACAAUGUGGACACCAGCAUUAGUCUAAUGGAUUCUGUGGAUGUCCCAGAAUCAGUAGCUAAUCAGAAAAGGCUUGUCAGAGUAGUCAAAUCGGAUAAUAAUGGGUUGGGCAUCUCCAUCAAAGGGGGCAAAGAGAACAAAAUGCCUAUACUUAUUUCAAAGAUAUUUAAGGGGAUGGCUGCUGACCAGACAGAGCAGCUUUAUGUGGGCGAUGCUAUUUUGUCAGUGAAUGGUGAAGAUCUUCGUGAUGCCACCCACGAUGAAGCAGUUAAGGCCCUGAAGAGAGCAGGAAAAGUUGUUGAACUGGAAGUGGUUACCUCGUUGUAUGUUACAGUGAAGUACCUGCGCGAGGUGACGCCCUACUUCCGUAAGGCUAGCAUCAUCUCGGAGGUGGGGUGGGAGUUGCAGCGGGGGUUCCUGGGCGGGGCGCCGCCUCGCCCGCACUCCCCGCAGCGCGCCGACACGCGCUACCUCCCCCUGCAGCUCUGCUACCUCGCGCGCAACUUCAAGCACCAAGACCCAGAGGGCCGGACGCUGGAGCUGCACUCGCCCGACGGCGUGCACAGCUGCGUGCUGCGCGCCGCCGACCCGGCCGAGGCGACCGCCUGGUUCAACACGCUGCACUCUGCGCUGCACGUGCUGGCGCUGCAGGCGCUGCGCGAGGCCAACCGCGUGCUGGCGCACGUGGCGGGCGAGCUGCAGCACGUGGGCUGGCUGGCCAAGCGACCCGCCGAGGUGCAGAACGGGCGAGUGGGCUCCGAGAGCAGCGACGACCAGGACCGGUGGCAGUCUGUGUUCGCGGCGGUGACCGAGCAGGAGCUGAGGCUGUACGAGUCGGCGCCGUGGAGCCCCGAGGCGUGGGGGUCUCCACUGCACGUCUGCCCGCUGCUGUCCACCAGGCUGGUGAGCUCGAGCCGGCAGACGGACGUGAUCACGUUCAGCGUGCGCUGCGGGACUCCGGAGGGCGUGGUGUCGCACCGCCUGCGCGCCGAGACGCACCGCGACCUGGCCAGCUGGGCGCGCGCCCUGGUGCAGGGCAGCCACGGCUGCGUGCAGGCCCAGCGCGAGCUGCUCUGCCGCUGCCUGUGGCAAGGCAAGCCCGCGCAGCUGGUGCUGCACUACGAGAACGGCUUCACGCUGUACGAGGCGGCCACCCAGACGAACCGCGAGCCCAAGGUGCUGUGGAAGUUCUCGUUCGAGAGGCUGCGCAUGUCUGCGGACGACGGAGCCCGCCUCCUCUGGCUCGACUUCGGGGGCGAAGAGGGCGAGAUGGAGCUGGAUCUCGAAGCUUGCCCGAAGCCGCUGGUCUUCAUCCUGCACAACUUCCUGUCGGCCAAGAUCCACCGGCUGGGUCUGUUUGCAUAACGCUCGGUCGGCCGCCUUCAGCCGGCCAUCUUGCCCAAGAACAGAAACGAGUACGGCUCCUGCUGCGCGGAGACGACGGGGCUUGUGGCCAACUUUGUGGCGCACAAGGUCGUGAACUUGGUGCUUUGCAGGUUGCCGUAGUGGCGCCCUUGUGGCCGGGCGUCGGUACGGAGCGUGUUCUCGCCGACCCGGAGACGGACAACCGCGCCAAGCUACCGGAGCAUUCAGACAAACAGUCGUAACAACGGUUUCUAAACUCGAAAUAAGUAUGUAUGCGUUACAACGUUCACGCGUGACUGAUAUGUUUGAUUCCCUUAUUUAAGAGCUUCCUUUGUAGUUAUUUACAUUUUAAAUAGCUUCUCUUUAAAAAAAAAAAAAAAAAAAAAAGUAGACAGGUGCAUUUUACCCGUUGUAAAUUGCUGAAGGUUGAAAAAAUUUUACUGUAUAAAGAGUAGUCAAGUAAGUUUGGUGUAAAGAUGUAUGUACAUUUGUUUCAGAUUGAAAUGUGGUACUGUAGCAUAAAGCUUGUUAUAUUCAAAUUUGUGAAUUAAAGCGUUAUUACUGUUCUGGAAACAAGUUAAAAAACAUAAUAUCAUUCCUAAAAAUUAUUUUUUAGAUUUGCGUGUAGAGGUGAUGAAUUAUUUUCAAUAAUCAAGUCGUACAUUAAGAAGUGCUUUCGACACAUGCACUAGUUAUGUAAUAAAGGAAUACCUAGUACGACAGUUUUUUUGGAUGGACAUUUGUGCGAUACAAUAUUUGCAAGUAAGUUUAGAGUUCACAGUGUUUAUUGUACACUGAAAACUUUGUAAAUAGUACAAUACUGUAAGUAAUUUGGCUGAUGAUGUGUACAUUAUGACCUUACUUUGGUAGGUAGCAGGGGCGUAUCCUGACAAAUUUGGUAACGCAUGCAAUAUAGAAUACAUCCAACCCCCCCCCCCCCCCCCCCCCGCUUCCGGAAGAAGGGUGGUCCGGGGGCCCUCUCCCGGAAAAUUUUGGUUUUCAGGGAGCAAAAUGGUGCUGUUUAGGUAGUUUUUUAAAAAAAUAAUUAAACGUAAAACUGGUAACAACAUUAAUUUUUUUGUGAUAAACUUAGAGAGAAGAAUUAACAAAGAUAUCAAAUUGUCACUCACCAUGUAUUUACUUAUAAUGGAACUCGGCUCUGCGGUUUUUCCUGCAGAACUGCUCCGUGACUUCGUCGAAAAACGAGCUGCGGGCUUUCAUCUGCACCAACAGAUCUUUUUCUAUGGACAUGAUGGAGAGUGCAGACAAACGACUUUGUCCUUGCGCAUUUCUUGUGAAUGAUUUUAUUCGUCUUAGUGCAGAAAACGAACGUUCUACGGAUGACGAUGUAGCAGGAAUAGUUGAAACCAUUACACACAGUUUAUAGAGUUCUGGAA